CUCCCCUUUUCCUUUUCCUUGGCAGCCACUACGUGCUGAGCUUGAUCUUGAUCGCGCACCUGUUGACGUAGAAAAAGAGGAGGCGGCCAAAAUAGGGACAAAAGACAAAUCCAAAUCCCCUCCCCGCAAUAAUCUACAAAGCCAAAAGUACAGACCACCCUCCAAAUCCUACCUUCUCCGUCCGCCAUUAGAGGGGGGGUAGAGAAUGCGGGAAUGAGAGAGACACGGUAGCGGCAGCGGCAGAGGUUGGCGCGGCCACAGUGGCAAGGCCUCCGGCGUCCCAUCCCAAGAAAGCCUCUCCCCGGCGGCGAGAAGCGGUGCAUGCGUUGUUGCCGGUGCCGGGCAUGGUUCUGCUCCCGUAUCUUGAAGGAUUCGAAGGAAGGAAGGAUCAGAAAGGAAACUAGCCAACUAGGAUUCGAUUGGCCCGUUCGUGCGGUUCUGCAAAAGAGGCAGUUUUUUUUUUGGCUGUGAGUAUCCGUUGAUUCGCUAUUUAUUCUCAGUUUUGGAGGCUGGAAAAUUCGAUCUUGGCGUUGGUCUCUGUGAGUUUUGAGGGGCUCCUGUGAAGAACGAGAGGAUCAGAAGGGAAACGAGUGGUUUGCUCAUCGGUUUCCUUUGGCUUUUAGGUUCUGUCUUCUGAGAUUGUUCUGAGUCUCUGGUCUGUCUUGCUCGUGAGAUUCUGCAAUUGCUGGAGAAUGGAGAUGGGAAGAUUGGUGUGCUCUGCGUGUUGUUUGGCGGAAGAUCAGAGGGAAUAAAGAAAAAACAAUUCGCUUCCUUUCUUUCCUGCUGAGAUAUCCCUUCCUGCCGCUUCAGAGUUUCUCUGUUCCGGACUUGGUUUCGGCAUCUCUUGGAAACCGAGGAAGCACGGCAGUUUCAGGGACCUUCACUUGGGGGCUAUCAUUUAUCAAAGCAUCCUAACCUGUGCCAGCCUGCAAUAUUUUCUGGGUUUUGGCCUUUUGGGCACAGUGUUUGAAGCGUAGAAGAACUGCGUCGGCUGUCAUUGAUUGGUUGUAAGCUUGUCUCAUUAGAAGGAAAGUUAUCUGACCAUGUUCUCAGCUAUCAUGGCAAAGAAGAGUUACAAACAGCAUUCCAAGUCUGAGAAAAUCCAGGUGGGCUGUAUGUCUGGUCUGGUUCGCAUGCUUGAUUUCCGUCGCAGUCCAAAACUUCUUUCAGAUGGGAGAGUCAAAAGAGAACCAAAAGGUUUUGAAGAUGUCCAUGAAAACAUAUCAUCAAAUGAUAACAAAGACCAUAGGGUUGAAUUGAUCUUUGCUGGUAGGGCAAGUAUUAAAACUUUGAUGGAAGAAGAGAUGGCCAGCAGCACACAGCCCUUGAAGCAAGCACAAAGAAAUGUAACUGGGAUAUGCUCUGAAGAUAUUGAUCUAAACUUGGCUGCAAGUCUCAUGGAAAUCUACAGAAGCUGUACUGAAAGCCAAGAAAUCAGCAAUUCAGUUCAAUCAUGUCAUAGUUCCGUUUCAACUGACAAAGAAGACAAUACUGAUCCUCCUGCUCAGCUCUAUCAGAUCCCCUCUAGUAUUCAGAGAGCUCUGGAAGAUGUUGCUGAAGCAGUUAUAAGAUAUCAAUCUGCAAACAAAGAAUACAUAACCAGCAGUGGUGAAGCUAGGUCCAAAGAGUUUGUUGAUGCCCUACAGCUACUGAGCUCAAACAAGGACUUGUUUCUUAUGCUUAUGCAAGACCCAAGCUCUAGGUUGUUAGAGUGCCUCCAAAACCUUUACAUGUCACUAGGAAGUACCAAGUUAGAAUGUGAAGAAUGUGACGAAAAAACUGAGUUGCAAAACAAUCUAGAGCAGUCCGUGACUUCUCCAAGUAAGGUGCAAAGAAGGCAUAAUUCUUUCUUGAAGGAGGAUAAGUUGGUCAUGAGGAAACAACCAAAUUUAAAUGAUAGUUCUCGUGGCUUUAGCAGAAUAGUAAUCUUGAAGCCAAGUCCUGCAAGGAGUCACAGCAGUCUUAUCUCAAGUAGUGCAACUUCGUCACCACUAUCAAAUCAUAAUGAUUUGCAAGUUCAGGAAGCCAGUGAUAAACCUGAUCGCCAAUUCUCCCUUAGAGAGCUCAAAAGGAGGCUAAGGCUUGCCGUUAGAGAAAAUCGGAAGGAUCAUCAGUUAAACUCCAUGAGUAAUACUUUCCAUAAAGCUGAGGCUGAUACUAGCAAACAGCUUCCAGUCACAAGUAUGUCGGAGAGUUUGGCAAGUACAGAUUCUUCUGACAGCAAGGUAGCUGAGGAACCAUCAAUUGUUGACAAGAAAACAGUCCCAGAAGAUAGUGGAAGUGGAAUGAGAAAUGAUGUUGCUCAUGGUGUCGGCUCUUUCUCCUAUGAAAAAGCUAAGAUGUAUAUAAUUGAGAGACUAAAUGAUCAAGGAGAAGACAGUUCUCAUAUUGUACAGAAAUCUGAAUCUUUUGAGAGAUUAAUUUCAUUACCAGAGAAUGCUGCAUUUUCUCCAAGUCAUUGCCCUCAAGAGGAUAAUAUUAGCAUAGCACAUGAAGCUACAGAUCCAUUGAACUUGCAUACAAUUGAGCAAGAGGAUGGUUCAGCAAGUCCUAACCCAACUUGGCUGUAUCAGGAGACAGAAUCAGCUGACAGUAGCAACUUGGGUAUGGAAAGUUUGGUUGAGCUCAAGACAGAUUGUGGAAACCAUCCACAAAAUGAGGGUGCUAUCUCACAGGAAUUGAACAGUGAAGGAGUUAAGACUGUACAGGAUGCAGUGGAAAACCCACAGCUCUGUGCUGAGAUUGAAACUUCUCAGGAAAGUGUGGAAGGAAAAAAUCCAGACGAAUGUUCAUCAGAGGAACCAUUAUCCAUGAAUGUGUUGCAAGAAGUGGCCCUUAAUGAACAAGAGAACCAUAGUCCAUCGGAAAUUGGUGGAUUAGUCAAGCCAUCUGUACUGACAUUUCCUUACUCUCCGGAAAAUACUAAUGACAAAGAGGAGAAACUGAGUCCACAAUCCGUUCUUGAUCCUGCCUUACGAGAAGUUACCAGUCCUGGACACAAAGCUCGAAAGCGAGAUGAGUUGUCCAUGCCUAUUUCUAGAGUUCUCUUCAAAGAGCUUGACACUUCUUCGGCAUCCCCAGCCUUGUGGGGUGAACCGCAGGUAGCUAUUUUGGAUGAUAAAGAUGCAAGGGAUUCCUUCAUUAAGGCCGUGCUAGAAGCUUCAGAACUGUUGUCCGAAGAAAAUUUGCAGAUAUGGUAUACAGAAGAGCCACUGCUUGACGUAUCUGUAUUGGCUGAAGUAGGAAACUCGUACUGCCUGACAGAUGAUGCAGUGCUUCUGUUCGAUUGUGUGGAAGAGGUUCUCCUCAAGAUAAGGGACAAGUUUUUUGGUACCGGCCCUUGGGUUGCUUUUCUGAAACACAAUGCGAGACCAGCUCCAGUAGGAAGACAUCUUGUUCAAGAGGUGGCUAAGGGCAUUGAUUCUCUUGUCGGCGAUGAGUUUCCAAACACUUUAGAACAGGUGAUGAUGAAAGACUUGGACACUGGGUCGUGGCUGGAUCUUCGAAGCGAUUCUGAAAGCGUUGUAGUUGAGUUGUGGGAUGGUUUGCUUGAUGACUUACUGGAGGAAAUGAUUUUUGAUUUGUGGCUUUAAGACUCUAGUGCUUUUGUACAUGAAGGCAUAUUCGAUCAGUACUGACAGGGUUAAAUAGAUACAGAAACCUUUUGUGAAAGGAUAGAGAAAAGUGAGUUCAGCAGGAUGCCAAAAAUUGUAGAGUUAGGCAGUUCAUCAAUAUAGCUGAUGUCCAUUUUCCGUACGAAUUUUUGCUUAUUGUAAAUUGUAAGUCAUAAUCCUGAUUGAACGUUGCUCCUGAUGCCAGAAUUAUUCAUUUUCUUUAAGCUCAUUUUAUUCUCCUUAGAGGUGUGGGAACAUCAAAAUAAACACAUCUAUAUAAAUUGCCCCUUUUAUUCCGUCUAUAAAGUGGUAAUUCCUUA